AUGGAGGACUGCGUCGCUGUGGAGAAAAGCCCGGAGGAAAUGCCUGCAGUGUUGAACUCUCGACCACAGACGGGUUUGUCCUUCCUGGCACCAGAACCUGAGGAUCUGGAGGAUCUUUACACCAGAUACAAGAAACUGCAGCAGGAGCUGGAGUUCCUGGAGGUGCAGGAGGAGUACAUUAAAGAUGAACAGAAGAACCUGAAGAAGGAGUUCCUCCACGCUCAGGAGGAGGUGAAGCGGAUACAGAGCAUCCCUCUCGUCAUCGGACAGUUUCUGGAAGCCGUGGACCAGAACACUGCUAUUGUUGGUUCCACCACAGGCUCCAACUACUACGUGCGGAUCCUGAGCACCAUCGACCGCGAGCUGCUGAAGCCCAACGCCUCGGUGGCUCUGCACAAACACAGCAACGCUCUGGUGGACGUGCUGCCCCCGGAGGCCGACAGCAGCAUCAUGAUGUUGACUUCAGACCAAAAGCCAGAUGUGAUGUACGCUGAUAUCGGAGGGAUGGACAUUCAGAAACAGGAAGUGAGAGAAGCCGUGGAGCUGCCCCUCACUCACUUCGAGCUCUACAAACAGAUUGGCAUUGACCCUCCCAGGGGCGUGCUCAUGUACGGACCUCCAGGAUGCGGAAAAACCAUGUUGGCCAAAGCCGUGGCUCACCAUACCACCGCCGCCUUCAUCCGUGUGGUCGGCUCAGAGUUCGUUCAGAAAUACUUGGGAGAAGGUCCGCGAAUGGUGCGAGACGUGUUCCGGCUGGCAAAGGAGAACGCCCCCGCCAUCAUCUUCAUCGACGAGAUUGACGCCAUCGCCACCAAGCGCUUCGACGCACAGACUGGAGCCGACAGAGAAGUGCAGAGAAUCUUGCUGGAGCUGCUGAAUCAGAUGGACGGCUUUGACCAGAAUGUUAAUGUGAAGGUGAUCAUGGCCACCAACAGAGCCGACACGCUGGACCCGGCUCUGCUCCGUCCCGGGCGUCUGGACCGAAAGAUAGAGUUCCCUCUCCCCGACCGCAGACAGAAGCGCCUCGUCUUCUCCACCAUCACCAGCAAAAUGAACCUGUCCGAGGAGGUGGAUCUGGAGGACUAUGUGGCUCGUCCAGACAAGGUUUCUGGAGCGGAUAUUAACUCAAUCUGCCAAGAGGCUGGCAUGCUAGCUGUGCGAGAAAACCGCUACAUCGUUUUAGCCAAAGACUUUGAGAAAGCCUACAAGACGGUCAUCAAGAAGGACGAGCAAGAGCACGAGUUCUACAAGUAG